AUGAGUCGCGAUAUUCUAAACAUAGGGGGUGAGCCUAUCUUCGACGAUCGUAUCGUUAAGAUCGAGACUCACACUUACAACCCAUACGCUAACACCACAUUCGGAUACAGCGAUGAAAUACGAAUACCUAUACAGCAUCAGGAUCUGUACACGUUACCGUGUGAGAGUUUUCUCUACGUCGAGGGAAAAUUUUCAACGACAAAACGAGAUGGAAACACAUCCGAGGAGCAACCUCCAAAAUUGUCGAAUAAUUGCGUCGCGUUCAUGUUCGAUGAGAUUCGGUACGAGUUAGACGGUGUGGAAAUCGAUAGAUCUAGAAACGUUGGUAUUACCAGUACGAUAAAAAAUUUCAUAUCGUUAACCACUGGCAGGAGUAUAACGUUAGAAAAUGCAGGAUGGGACGGCACGAUGCAGUUAUUUCGCACACCGCUUUCCGAGAAUUUCAACUUUUGCGUACCACUCAACACACUCCUAGGAUUUUGUGAAGAUUACAAACGCAUAGUGAUAAACGCGCGACACAAACUUAUCCUGAUACGUGCGCGUAACGAUAACAAUUGUGUUGUGACGCACGAAUCGACGGAACCUAAUAUCACACUAUUAAAGAUACAAUGGAGAAUGCCACAUGUAGUGCUGAACGAUGUCAAUAAAUUAUCACUUUUGCGAACGUUGGAAGGUGGACGAUAUCUCAGCGUAUGUUUCCGGUCGUGGGACCUGUACGAAUUUCCUCUGCUGCAAAGCACAACAAAGCAUUCGUGGGCCGUUAAAACAACGUCGCAAUUGGAAAAACCACGAUACGUAAUUUUUGCACUUCAAACCGGAAAAAGAAACGUAACGUCGAAAAAUGGUUCACAAUUCGACAUAUGUAAUCUCACUAAUGUGAAACUUUUUUUGAAUUCUGAUUUUUAUCCUUACGAUGAUAUGAAUUUAGAUUUCGAACACAAAAAAUACGCUAUACUGUACGAUAUGUAUGUAAAAUUUCAAAAGACGUACUACGGUUACAACAAUCGCGAUCCUAUGUUAUCCAUCGGAGAAUUUCUUGUACACGGUCCAUUCGUAGUGAUCGAUUGUUCUCGCCAAAACGAAUCGAUAAAGAGCGCCACUGUAGAUAUUCGUACAGAAUUCGAAUGGUGA